AUGGCUCUUCCCGCCGCGCCGUUUUCCCGCGGUGCCAGCCACGCGUCCUGUCAGGAAAUGAUUCCCGGCCACAUCCGCGCUCAACCCCAGGACCCGCAGCACAGCCAUGUCACGCUGCGUGCAUCCGCCUCUUCUUACCUGCCUGGGCAGUUAGUCACAGUAACUGUUCGAAGCUCUCGCGACUUCAUGGGUUUCCUGCUCCAGGCUCGCGGUGUGGAGGGUGCCAGGGGCGGAGCCGGAGCCGGAGCCGGGGCUGGAGUUGGGUUCAGGGCCAGAGCUGGAGUUGCAGCCGAGGCCAGGUCUGCGAGAGUGGGCCCGGGGCUGGUGGGCGGCUCCUGGACCCUCACUCCCCCUGGCAGCCACACCCUGCGCUGCCUCUCAGAGGGUGACACCCUCACCCACUCUGAUAAACAGCCGAAGAGAAACCUUUCGUUUGUGUGGAGGGCUCCUGAUGCCCCCAUGGGAGACGUACGGUUCUACAUCACGGUGGUGCAGUCGUACUUUGUGUACUGGGCAGGUAUUGAGUCUGCUGUCGUGCGUGAUGGGAGUCGUAGAUCUUGGAGUGGGAGUAACACCACAGGGGUGGACGGAGGGAGUUUAAUUUUUCCAUCGCAGGAAGGUGGAGUUACUGCUCUGCCAGCUCUCAGUGCCCAUAGAGCAUCAAGCAAACAACCAAAGGAGACGAGCAGACCUGCUUCUACCGUAGGACGCCCUACACCAAAAAGCAGUGGAACCCAAGGCUACAAAUCUCCGGAAAAAGUCGCUCGUCCAAUCUUGGAGAGGAACAGCUCUGCAACUUUGGAAUACCUUGGCGAUGUCCAUGAAAAGAACAGCCCUAAGACUUCAGGAACUCUUCAAAAUGCUACCAGUGGCAGUGAGACUGAUAUUAAUGCAACUUCAGGAUCCGUCUCAGGACCCUCUCCAGCUCCCCUUCGUUCUCUCUACAACCCCCCCAUGGCCUCCUCUUCCCCUGUCCCCUCCAAAGAACUCACCCUAGGUCAGAAUUUGAUAAUUCAGAACCACAUUGCACCAUCUGAUCCUGAGCCCAACCUCACCACAUCAACACAAAGAACAGUGGUUAACCCACACCCCAAACCCCAUCCAAACCUUGACCAAAACUCCAAGCUAAAUCUUGGCAAUGAGUUGAAACCAAACCUUCCUAACACUGAUACUAAACCCAAACGUCCUUCCAAUCCCUCUGGAACUCCAGACAAGGAAGGAAAGUAUCCAGACAUUAUCCCCAGACACAGGGCCUGGGAGCUGGGCAUGCUGCUUGGCUCCUCAGCUGGCUUGGGCAUGGUGUUGGUGGUCGGGGUAAGGUACAUGUAUCAUCAGACCUGUGGCAAACGGACAGAGGUGACGCUGAAUGACAGGGAAAGAGAGUAUGGCAGAGGAGAAAGAGGGCUGGUCCACGUCCAGGAGUGUGGAGAUCUGGUCAGAGUCCAGAGAAUUAGAGAGAACAGUUUUGUGCUUCUGGCAGAGUAUGAUAUACUGGCAUCACCUGGAGACUGA